CAUCUGCGCCGAAAUCUUACCACGUGGGGACGGAUUUUUUUUUUUCCUUUUUUUUAAGCAAAGAUAGCAAAACAUCCGCAGUGGCGCUUUGCUGGUCUGUCAGUGGGCACGUGGAACAACUUCGCGUUUAUUUUUAACGUCACACAAAUCUCAAGAAAGAACCGCAAAGGUUUCGCUCCGAGGGUCACUUUUUCUAGACCAUGCCCUACGACCCCGACCCUCCUCCGGCUAAAAAAUUCAAGCCGGGGUCUGUUUUUUUCCGUCUGGACAGGAAUAAACCUGGAAUGCUGCUGCCUAGAAAGGGGAAUGCCACCAUUCCGAUAGACGUCCAGAGGAAACAGCUUCCGAUCUACCAGGCGAAGCCGCAGCUCCUGAACCAGCUGAGACAGCUCCACAAUGCGAUCCUCAUCGGGGAGACCGGCUCUGGGAAGACCACUCAGAUCCCCCAGUAUCUGUAUGAGGCCGGCAUCGGCCGACAGGGCAUCGUCGCCAUCACUCAGCCCCGCAGGGUGGCUGCGAUCUCACUGGCAGGGAGGGUGGCGGAGGAGAAGAGGACUCAGCUCGGCAAGCUGGUCGGCUACUCGGUGCGCUUCGAGGACGUCACCUCCUCCGAGACGAAGCUGAAGUUCAUGACGGACGGCAUGCUCCUGCGCGAGGCCAUCGGCGACCCCUUGCUGCUGCGCUACACCGUGGUUGUCCUGGACGAGGCUCACGAGCGCACCGUGCACACCGACGUGCUGUUCGGCGUGGUUAAGACGGCUCAGCGCAGGCGCAGAGAGCUGAACAAGAUUCCCCUGAAGAUCAUAGUGAUGUCGGCCACCAUGGAUGUGGAUUUGUUCUCCGAGUACUUCAAUAAGUCACCUGUGCUGUACCUGGAGGGCAGGCAGCAUCCCAUUCAGAUCUACUACACCAAGCACCCCCAGUCCGACUACCUGCAGGCUGCGCUCGUCUCCAUCUUCCAGAUCCAUCAGGAGGCCCCUCCAUCCCAUGAUAUCUUAGUCUUCAUGACGGGUCAGGAGGAGAUCGAGGCUCUGGCGAGGACGUGCCGGGACAUCUCCAAGCAUCUGCCGGACGGCUGCGGCCCCAUGCUAGUUAUCCCUCUGUACGCAUCGCUGCCCCCGGCACAGCAGCUCCGGGUCUUCCAGCCGGCUCCCAAGGGAUGUAGGAAGGUCAUCCUCUCCACCAACAUUGCCGAGACGUCCGUCACAAUCUCUGGGAUCAAGUUUGUCAUAGACACGGGGAUGGUGAAGGCCAAGCGCUUCAACCCUGACAGCGGGCUGGAGGUGCUGGCCGUGCAGCGGGUCUCCAAAGCCCAGGCGUGGCAGCGGGCUGGCCGGGCCGGCCGGGAGGACUCCGGCUCCUGCUAUCGCCUCUACACCGAGCCGGAGUUCGACAACCUCAUCCCCAUGACCGUGCCCGAGAUCCAGAGGUGUAACCUAGCCAGCGUGAUGCUACAGCUCAUGGCUCUGGGGGUUCCAGACGUGACGAAUUUUGAUUUCAUGUCCAAGCCCUCGCCAGAGGCCAUGCGCUCGGCUGUGGAGCAUUUGGAGCUGCUGGGGGCCGUAGAGAGGAAGGAGGGGCAGGCUUUCCUCACCGCUCUGGGAAAGAAGAUGGCAAGCUUCCCUCUGGAGCCCAGAUAUGCCAAGACCAUCCUGCUGUCCCCCGACUUCUCUUGCGCUGACGAGAUUUUGAGCAUCGUGUCUCUGCUGUCGGUGGACACCGUGCUGUUCAACCCUCCUGCCCGGCGGGAGGAGGUGCUCGCCGCGCGCAAGAAGUUCGCCUCCAGCGAAGGAGACCACGUGACGCUGCUCAACAUUUACAGGGCGUUCAAGAAAGUCAACGGCAAUAAGGAGUGGUGCCGGGAGAACUUUGUCAACAGCAGGAACAUGGGUCUGGUGAAAGACGUCCAGGCUCAACUCAGAGAUAUCUGCCUUAAGCUCAACAUGAAGCUUCAGUCGUGCGGGGCGGACACGGGGAGCGUCCGCCGCUGCCUUGCCCAUGGGCUGUUCGUCAACGCCGCCGAGCUGCAACCCGAUGGCAGCUACCUGGCCCUGGACACCCACCAGCCCGUGGCCAUCCACCCGUCCUCCGUCCUGUUCCAGGCCAAGCCGGCCUACGUGGUCUUCAAUGAGCUGCUGCACACGUCCCGCUGCUACAUGCGGGACCUGUGCUUGGUGGACGCCGAUUGGCUGAUGGAUGCAGCUCCGGAGUACUUUGGCCGCAAGCUCCACCCCUCCAAGAGCUAACCAAUGGAGAGACGCGACUGGAGUGAACCCCCUUCCCUUCCUCAAAUCCCCCAGUGGCGAUAAAACUGUGAAAUGUAUUCCCUGCUCAAUGAUGAAAUUGGAUGGGGACACUUUUAGAUUUUAAUACAAGUGCAAAUCGGAAACACUUUUCUGCGUAGUUAACUUCUCUGAAUCUCACUACCUCCCAGCUGACGAGCUUUUGGAACGCGACACUGCAGCAGAGAUCUGCAUAUCGAGGCCUCACAACUUUGACUUCCUGCAAGACUAAUUCAGAUUUUAUAUCCUGUGUUUUCUCCGCUUGGCAGUAUUUGAUCCGGCCAACUGAAAAGAAGAAAAAAAGAUGUCACACAUCGAUUCUUUCAACAUUUGCACGAGUUUAAACCGCACGGAUAACCUCACUUGAGCUUAGUCUUGGGCUGAGAUGAUUUAUCUAUUCAUUUAUUCAUAAAAGGUAUAAUCAGACUUGAUAGAAUGCCACUCUGUGUAUGUUCAUCUCAUGACAUAUUGUAUUUAGUUGUUAAGCCACCUACACAAACAAGAUUCAGAAAUUAGUGUGGUUCUGUUCAGUUUAAUUUUGAAUGAAUAUGAGGAAUUAACUUCAAUGUUAGCUUCUCAGAAGCUCAAGUAAAGCAGUCUUAUCUUAAGCUUUCCCCCCCAUGUAGUUUGGGGUUUAUACAAAGUGGUCUUAAAGGAUUUUAUAUAUGCAAAGACAGUAUAUGUGUCUUAACCUCUGAGGUUAUGUAAAUACAAGAAAAUAUAUAAAAAGUGCCAAAGUGUGAGUUAGAACAGGGGGUUUUGUCCCACGUCACAGUGACUUCACUUUUAUAAUGACUACAUGCAGCACUCGUCUCGUCAGCUUGUGCAUGCCUUUUCAUUUAUUUUUACGAUUGUACCACCGGUUCCCCAAAUACAUGCACAUGAAGAGAAGUAGCAUGCCUCGUUCUCCAGGUUCUACGGAUGUUGUAUGUACCUCAGCCCCGACACAGGCGCACGCUGACAAUAUAUGUAUGCAUAACGCAUGGGGACUAUAGUUAACGAUCUGAUCCCUUACGUCAUGUUUAGGAUUAGGAUGGAUGCUCCUCGUUUUGUUUACACUGGACUCAGGACUGUACAAUGUUUAACUGUAACCUGAAUAAAUUGCUAUUUCUAACUGUUCAAAAUACCAAAUGCAUCUCGGGCUAGAGACCCAUCAGACCAUGUUACAAAGAGGUUGGCCCAUUUUGUUUUUAAGAUUGUUUUUUUUUCUUUCAAUCACAAAGGAAAAGUAGACCAUUUAAGAUCUGCAUGCUAUAGAGUUUGUAAUGUUCGCAUUUGAUACGUUUAUGAGUGUAUUUAUUCUGAAGUCUUACAUAACCUAACCACCAUUGUUAUAAUUUCUAAUAAAAAUCAAACCACUGUCCCACA